CGUGCAGAAUCCGCGGGCGCGUGUGGAGGCCUACAGAGGCGGCGCUGCCUACGUGUGCUAUGACGUCUCUGUGGGCCGAGGAAAGGGGCGCUCAGAUAAACCCCGAGAACAAUUAGACGUUCAUCCAUUGACAACACGCAAACUAAGCUACACAUUUGGAUCAAAUUGACGGCCGCUUGAUUGACAAGAAGAGCAUGUCAGCCGUGGGGCAGAGAGAGACGGCUGCCCUCAGGCAGUGCAUUCAGGCCCGGGCCCAGCUGGAGGAGGCCAUCGCUGGGGUCAUCAAAGCUGAAGUUCAGCUCAAGAGCAACUCCAGAGAGGUGAAGUCUCAGCUGCACAGCUGUAUCAGUAGACAUCUGGAGAUCCUUCGCUCUCGUGAGGUGUGGCUGCUGGAGCAGAUUGAUCUGGUGGAGCAGCUCAAAGGAGAGACUUUACAUCAGCAGCUACAGCAGCUUCAUCUGCUCAAAGGCCAGUUUGACAUCCUCAUUCAUCAGCUGGAGUAUUCCAGUAGUAACAAUCUCGCCACCCAGCUCACCAACUGCCUGGAGAAGUUAUCUUCGCUCAGUCUGACUCCUGAAGAAACCCCAGAGAUGAGUUUCCAAGCAGAUGCACGCACCUUGCGCCAGGCUAUCACUUCCUUUGGGACCAUUUCCACCCAGCAAAUCGAGACCUCAGACUCUUUUGCGAGACCGUGGCUUCUCCAGGACUGCCCAGUUUCUUGCAAGAAACAGAAAAUAGAUCUUGAACGGGCCACACCUCUGGCUGAGUGGCUUCUAGGAAACCGUCCAGUAAGCAGCGCUCCUGCAAGACACCACCUCAGCACAAACCUCCAGGACUGGCUGCUUGUUUCCAAGGAAUCUCAGGUAGAGCAACAACUACCUGCCUUUGACUUCCAUAAAGCUUGGGGCCAGCUUCAUGACCUGGAGUCAUGGCUUAUAAAGGAGAAAUUACCAAUUCGUGAGCGAACCAGCAGCGGCAGCUCAACCUUCUCGAUUGAGAUGAUUGAGGAAAGCGACUUAAAUCUGGAUGAGGUGGAACUGGAAGACCAGCAGGAAAAAGUGGACGACUCUUUUGAGGAGGAAGAACUCAGCAAGUGGCUUGCCAGGCCGAGCACAAUAAAGCAAGAUAAGACUAGCCAAGUAUCAGAUGCUGACCACUUCAAUCUGAUCAUCAAACCCUUCUAUGAGAGCUUCUCCUACAGCGAUUGGCUCUCAAAGUCUGACUGCAGCUCUUGCUGUGCCACACGGACCACGGCUGUGGAAAUCGAGAACCUCGGAAAGCUCAAGUGCCUAAAGACUCCCCCGUCAUCCCCUUCCAGCACUCCAAACACCAACUCGGAUCCCAUCGAGAUGUGGCUUCACAAGACCAUCCCUCUCGAGACCACCUGCAAAGCCAACGAGACCUGUGCCAGCUACGCUCAAUGUGUCUGUGACGACAACUGUGGAAAAGAGGCCCUCGGUGCUUGGCUCCUCAAGAAAGAGGGUCGAGAUAAGAAUGGGGUUCCCGUCAAUAAGAAUGCCACAAACAAAGCCUCCAGCCACCAGCAGCAGAAGGUUCAGGCCAUCUUAGAGGCCUGGCUGCACCCGAGCAACUGUGCCAAGUCCCCUGACUUUUCAUCCCUCUCUGCCUGGGUGACCCCGCACAUCAAAACCUCAGACUCUGAGAGCUCCAUCCAUAAGCCUUUGCAGUCGGAGAACUGGCUUCUGCCAGCGAAGAAGCACGUUAGCAGUACCACUGAGACGCCAAACAAGCCAGAGAGCGAGAACACAAAAGACCUCGAGGAGGACAAAUGGCUUUUACGAAAGCGGGCCAAUGCACAGGAAAGGCUUGGCCUACCCAUAGUAUGUGACCUGUUUUCCUGUAUGAAGCUCAGCGGGGACAGAGAAAAGUGGCUUCAUCAAACAGCUACACAGAUAUGAAGGCAACAUCCAAUGGCUUUUUGAGAUUUACUCUAGCGCUAUAUAACCGCUGAUUAUUGCACAAUAUUUUUCUUCCGUGCUCUUUAGGGGUUCUCUCUCUCUGUAAUCUUCUAGAGACUGAAAGAGUGAUGUGGACUAAAGGCCCUGUGCAGGAGCCAAGGCUUUUGGUACACCAUCACUUGAGGGAGUGUUUAUGCUGGGGAAUUACUGUGUUUUUGGCUUAAUACAGUUUAAUUCCAGUAAUGUGGAGGAGACCAGUGUGUUUUAUUAUAAUUCAGUAAAGUGAUUUAAAAAUCACGAGGAAAUGGACCAGAUUGGUGCAUACAAAACAAAAUAUAUUUUUAUUUUUUUCCCUUAUGGGGGCAUAUUGGGAGGGGGGACUUGGGAAGAACUUGAAUAAAUCUCUAUAUUAAUUUUAUUCACGCACAGUUACAGCUUCAUGUUUCAAAUCUUAACAACCUGCACAUUUGGAGGAAAACAUGCUCUAAAAGCAGAGAGUGAUCUCCUCCAUGGCUUCUUGGAGUAUAUAUUUAUAUAGAAUUUUACUAUUUCUUUUCGAGUAUGGAAUGAGCAUCCCUUGCUGUUCACAUUACUUUAUUUGUAAUGAUUAUAUUAUACACUUCUGUGGCAUACAAAUCUCAUAUGCCAGUUAAACAUAGCAUCUUCCGUUAUCCUAACCUCAAAACAUUCAGACAACUCGUGCCUGACAUGGAAUGUGUAGCAGCGCCUGCUGUCAGUCCAUCUCAUUGUAUGUAGGGAAAACAAUUCAUAAAAGUUUGCCGUUUCUGCUGCGUCAUGAGCUACAGCAGCCAGCGUUUGAUGUGGUCUUUGAGCUCAACAUGUGGUAAAUGUUUACCAUAGAAUCACUAUAGCUCUUUUUAAAUUGAAUCUGUGGUAUAAUAACCACUGAUACGGCUUUAUGUCUAUGCUGUGAAACUCCCUGUCAACAUAUAAAACAAGAAUUAUGCUUUGCGCACAUACAGAGCAAAGACUACAGGUGAAUUUAAAGCUGGUGCAAAAAUUAAACCGCUUCUUAUUGAUCAUAAUUUCAGCUCAAGUACAAAUCUUUCACUUAGUAAUGGACCAAAGACUUGGUACAGAAAAAUUAACAAUGCAAAAAUCGUUGUCAUCAUGUGCCAGUGUUUGGAUUACAGUGUUUUACAUGUAUACUUGUGUGUAGAUUAAUCUAAAAUAUUGCUUACAUGACCUCUAAUGCUUUGAUCACUGUCACCUGAAUCAAUAAAAAGACAUAAAUGUG